AUGGGCUCAGGCUUUCUGCAGACCCAGAAAGGGAACAUCUUUCUGACGGAUUACAAGAUCCUGGAGGGGAUCCCCACCAUCCAGCUGAAUGGGGAACAGCAGUACCUGGCCGCGCCGCUCUGCCUGCUGCACCUGACACCUGGUGGGCAGGUCGUGCCCUUGGCCAUCCAGCUCAGCCAGCACCCGGGCCCCGACAGCCCCAUCUUCCUGCCCAGCGACCCCGAGUGGGACUGGACCCUGGCCAAGAUCUGGGUGCGCCUGGCCAACUUCCAUGUCCAUGAGGUCAACACCCACCUGCUGGAGGCGCAUUUCCUCUGUGAGGUGUAUUGCAUGGCCACACUGCGCCAGCUGCCCAUGUGCCAUCCUGUCUACAAGCUCCUGAUCCCCCACACCCGCUACACCCUGCACAUCAACACCCUGGUCAGGACCAACCUCAUCCAGCCAGGAGGGCUCUUUGACAAGGUGAGAGUUGACUCUUGUCCCCUGGUAAGAGCAGGAUGGGGGCUGGGAGCCAGGACUCCUGGGUUCUAUCCCCAGCUCUGGGAGGGGAGCAGGGGCUAGUGGGUAGAGCAGGGAGCUGCUGGAUUUCAGGAGGUGUGGUAUCUUUGCAGCUCUGCCACUCACUUGUGAUGUGACUGUAGUCACGCCUGUUUCCUUCUGUGUCUCUGUUCCCCCAUCUAU